AUGUGGCGGCGGACAUGGCGUGUAAUGCGGAUCGCUUCGGCCUCGGCGAGCAGGACGCCUCCAACUGCGUCAAAACCUUCCUCAUCGGAUGUGGGGAUCUCAACAUCCACCGCAGACUGCAGCCGUGACGCGGCGACGCAAAUGAGUUUGCAGGGUCUUGGCGUUGCUGCGUACUUUCGCAAUUCUGAGACGGCGAGCACCGACGAGCCCAUUGCUAUUGGCCACAUAACAGCACAAAUAUCAGAGUCCGUCUAUGCUGUCUUCUUCAAGGAGAUUGCGCUUUCACCUGUUAUUGAGGUUGGAUCACGAGUGUACGUCUCCUGCCGCAAGGAGGCCCCGACCCCAAAGGAUUCUACAGCUCCAGAUGUGUUGAAUCACUCAAACACAUCCAAUACAAGUGGCAAUGAGAUAACAGCACCAGUUAAUCUUUCGUCCCCUAAAGGGGAAGGUGUUGAGCAGCAACCAGUGGGAGGAGCAGAGGGGUCAGCCGGGGCGGCGGUAGGAGGAGGGGGAGGAGGAGGAGGAGGUGGCGGCACCACCGCUCCGGUUACUGCCGGACCCUUCUGUCCCUAUUCAAAUGGUGGUGGUACUAUAAUUGGUGGUUUGGUGGCUAAGGUUAAUGGUAAUGGAACAUUUGGUGUAUUGUUGGAUGAUGACCGGUUUGAUCUUGCGGUGCCCCGCGAAGUGAUCAUGCUCUCCGAAGGGAGGUCAAAAUUCAUCUCCAACGAGAAGUUUCAGGAAGUUUUGGAGUGGGUAAAGUCAGCGGGUGUGGACCGACGGUCUGACCAAGAGAGCACAUCAUGCAUUCUCUACCACCGUGGCUGGCGAGCGGACAAGUUGUACCUUUUAGAAAGUGCAGAUGUGCACUGCCUCUCGCACCUUAACAAAUCGGUUCGCAUGAGUGUUUUGGAGAAGUCUGAAUGGGAGCGCGACCAGCACCGUCACCGGCGUGAGGAGAUCAAGGAACGCAUGAAAGAGAAGGAGUUGCGUUAUGUCCUCACAAAGUACAGCGGCGUGUUCAGUGCAUGUGUGGCAGUACUUGGUGUUAUGUCUGUCUUUGGGUGGAACUUCAAGAACUACACGAAACAGCAGCGGUCCUACCAGCUGGCAAUCGCGGCAAACACACUUUCUCAGCGAACUGUGCGGCAUCCCAUCAAAGGGACCGUUCCACGUGAGGCCGAAGAGCAGCGGGUGCGGCAGAUACUGCGCCAACAGGACGUCACGCACCCACGAAUCAUUGUCUUCUCCGGGUUUCACGGCUGUGGCAAGAGUUCUUUGGUUCGUUCGGCCAUUCGUAAGGAGAAGAUGGCGGCUGUCCUCGUUGACAUUCGCGCGAACGAAGACCCUGUCCGCUCGAUAGUGAAAUCGUUGGGUGUACAAAAUAUCGAGGCAUGCGGUGAUUUACUUGACUUCAUUGUUGAUGCCUCAGAACGCGCCAAAAAGGCAAUGAAUGGCGUGUCGCCGUUGUUUGUAGUUAAGUUGUGCGAAGGAAGCUCGUUGAUGCGUGUUUACAAUGAGCUUGUGGCUCUUGCAUGCGACCGCAGGCUCUGCCACGUUGUGAUUGAGGUGCCCAUCGAAAGUCUGACGCUUGCGAUGACUGCCCUUCCCCGUCUGGACUUCCAUUUGAUACCUAACUUCUCCGUGGGAGAGGCCUUCCGCUACACAAACCACAUGAUCGAUCCGCUAGAAUUUCUCAACUUCGUCGAAGUCGCUGGGACCAACAGCAACGACAUUGAUGAACUUUUUGCUACGGUGCAGCACGGGAGGAUGUCGGCAAGCGCAUAUACUAAUCAGAAGCUUGUCAAGGCCAUGCGACAGUUGGAGGCUGCGUGGUCGAAGGACCCGUCUCUUCGCGAGGCCGUCAUUAAUCUCGCGAAGUUUCCUUUCGAGGCCGGACAGCGGGAGGGGUACGAUUACUCCAGCCUGCGCAGUGAGGCACUGCGGGACAUUGUUAUGUACAAUCCUGUAUCUGAUGUUUGGAUGUUUCACCAGAAAGUUUUCCACACGGCGGCUCGCUGCUGGCAAUAG